GUUUCAAAUUUUCAACCGUACAUUGACCUUUACUUUUCUUGUGCAUUCUUCAUAUUCUCUCGUCUUCCUCUCUCUAUCAUUUCAUUCUCUUCCAAAUGAUGAUUAUACAAUUAAUAAACAUUUUAUUUAAUAAACCGCGCUUUUUUAAUUAUUUAUAGUACAAUUUUUUUUAUUCUCUCUUUUUAUAAACUCAGUAUGCUGUACUACUUUUUGGUGAGUCGGAUUCGGGUCAAAAAAACAGGGGGAAAUGGGGCGGAAGAAGGUUGUUAUGCAGCGGAUUGAAGAUAAGAAUAGCCGGAAAGUGACGUUUUCUAAACGGCGUAACGGAUUGAUGAAGAAAGCUCGAGAGAUCUCCGUUCUUUGCGACUGUGAAAUCGCCGUUAUUGUUUUCUCUAAUAGCGGCAAACACUAUCACUUCUCUAGCACCAACUCUAGUUUGCCGAAGAUUCUCAACAAACGCAAAAUGCGUCUUCAAGAGAACCUUACAAAUUUCUAUCAAGAAGAGUAUGCAAGCAGGAAAUCCUACGUAGAGCUACUGCGAAUAGUUGAAACGUGCAUUGAAGGUUCUAAUGAUGAGAAGCAUAGUUUAUCAGACCUUAUAAAUCUGGAGAACCAACUUGAUGCCGCACUAAGAGAUACCAGACUUAAAAAGACACAACUAAUGAUGGAAUCUAUAAGUGCUCUUCACCAAAAGGAAACUAAACUGAAAGAGGAAAAUGAAGAUCUAGAGAGGGAGGUUAAAGCUAUGAGGAAUGUUGUGGAGAGUAUGAAUGAGGGCAGCAGCCACCAUGAAAGGGCAACUUUGAGUUUGCUUUAUUAGUAAGUAAGUGAGCCAAUCCUUAUAUAUUUUUAUUGUUGCCAAAGUGACGUGUUCAAUACCCAUUGUUUGGGGUUUCCUCUUCCACGUCACUCUUUGGUUCUAACAUGUAUGAUUAAGUACUAAUUAAAUAUUAUUAUCUAAUUACAAGACAUCUAUUUUUCUUUUA